UUUUCUAUGAAGUUGAGAAGAAAACUGACGAUGGAGUUGAAGAGUUAGUUGAAGCUGGUUGAUUAGAAUGGCUGGUUAAGAUGUUCUCAGAAUACAGGAUUCAUCCAGCUCUGCUUCACCUGCUUUACUGUCUGCUGUGCUCAGCUGGAGAAGAGGUUGUCAGACUGCAGGAGCUGGAGGGAAACACUGUAACCAUCCAUACUGGACUAACUGGAGUUCAGAGUGAUGCUCACAUACUGUGGUUCUAUAGAUCUGAGAAUUUAGAUACAAAGAUAGUGAUCAGUCUGGUGUUUAAAGGGGAGACUAAUACAGAAUAUCCCAGUGAGAGAUUCAGAGACAGACUGCAGCUGAACAGAACCAGUGGAUCUUUAACCAUCACAAACAUCAGCAGAGAAGAUUCUGGAGUUUAUAAAUUACACAUCAUUACUGGAAUGUCCUCAGUCUGGAGUUUCAGUGUUGAUGUCUAUGCUCCAGUAUCAAAACCAAUAAUAGGAAAUCAAUCUGAAAAGCGCUCAGUGAGUCUCAGAGAGUCGUGUUCUCCUCUGUGCUCUGUGGAGAAUGGGAAGGAUGUGAGUUUGUCCUGGUAUGAAGAGAAAGAGAGAAUCUCCAGCAUCAGUAGCUCAGAUUCCAGUGAACGUCUUUAUCUUCCUCUGAAUAUAACCAACCCAAACUGUUCUACUUACACUUGUGUAGCUGAUAAUCCAGUUAGCAGUCAGACAACCCAGCUCGAUAUUACAAACAUCUGCUAUAAAUCAGGUACAAAAGUUCCUAGAGAUCUCUCCAAAUCACUGGCUGCUGUUCUCACAUCUGUUGGACUGAUUGUUGCUCUAUUAAUUUUAUUUGUGUGGAUCUGGAAAAAGAAGACAAAUCAACAAGGCAAGAAAUACAUCUCAAUUUGCUUCAUCAGCUGCCUUUCAUUAUUGGUUUUAAAAACAGCAUCAGAGUGGCAGAAGACCAGUGCACGUUGGUGGUGUACUCAGCUAAAGGGAUGUCUGCUGUGCUCAGCUGGAGAAGAGGUUGUCAGACUGCAGGAGCUGGAGGGAAACACUGUAACCAUCCAUACUGGAUUAACUGGAGUUCAGAGUGAUGCUCACAUACUGUGGUUUUAUAGAUCUGAAAGUAUAGAAAUAAGGAUAGUGAACAGUCAGAUUAUUAGAGGAGAGAUUAUUACAGACUAUUACAGUGAGAGAUUCAGAGACAGACUGCAGCUGAACAGAAACAGUGGAUCUUUAACCAUCACAAACAUCAGCAGAGACGAUUCUGGAGUUUAUAAAUUAAAUAUCAUUACUGGAAUAUCCUCAGUCUGGAGUUUCAGUGUUAAUGUCUACGCUCCAGUAUCAAAGCCUAUCAUAAGAGAUGACUCUGAAAAGCGCUCAGUGAGUCUCAGAGAGUCGUGUUCUCCUCUGUGCUCUGUGGAGAAUGGGAAGGAUGUGAAUUUGUCCUGGUAUGAAGAGAAAGAGAGAAUCUCCAGCAUCAGUAGCUCAGAUUCCAGUGAACGUCUUUAUCUUCCUCUGAAUAUAACCAGCCCAGACUAUUCUACUUACACCUGUGUAGCUGCUAAUCCGGUCAGCAAUUGGACAACCCAGAUGAACAUUACAAACAUCUGUAUUAAAGCUGGUAAGUAA